GAAGUUUAAUUUAAAGUGCUUGAAAGUGCUUAUUCUACUGAUCAAUAAGAAAUUAUUAGAUAGUACUUCGAUAUAAGUGCAAAACGUCAGCAUUACUGAUAUACACAGUGAAAAAAUGUAAUAAAGUGAAAGCAGACAGUAUGUGGGAGUCGCGUUAAUUCUUAACAGACUCAUAAUCAGUUAAAUAAAGCGAUGAUUACAUUCGCUACAACCGGUUCCAUGACUAAAUAAUCAAAUGAAAUAAAUGUGCUCGUAGAAUGCGUAAAAUAUCUUCAUCCGCGGGCGGAUGCAUUCAUCUUACGGAACAAUUUUUUUUUAAUAAUCUACUGCAAACGAAACUAAAAAUUAAAAAAAAUGCGUUUAUUCGAUUAGAAUUGGCACGACCGGUAAAAGAAUCUAUUCUAGCUAUUCAACGGAGCAGACCCUUGUUAUAUUAUAUCUAUUUUCCCUCGCUAAAUCUCGAUAAACCAAUUCCAACAGUAUCUGCGACAUGGUUUAAUAAUCUAAAAUAUUGUCCUAGAAAUGAAAUUAUCAGAGCGACUAUUGAGUUGGGGCAUGUUGUGUAUCCGCCAAACAAUGUGCCAUUUUUUUGGCAAAAUUCGUCAGAAUCCACUGAGAAUUCAUUAUAUCGAAACAUUAGCAUCUACCGAAUAAACAACCCGAAUCAUUACCGUCUAAACUACUUACAUCUAAUUUACUCUAGUCCUACUAGUCCGGAGAAUAGCAAGAAUCGGAAAGAAUCCAUGGAAACCCAUAAUGACACUCAAUCCAAUAACGACAGCAAUGACAACAAUGACAGCGAUGACAGCGAUGACAGCGAUGACAGCAAUGACAAUACAAAUAUUAAUGAUAAUAGUAACGAUAUUAAUAAUAACAAUACCAAUAUUAAUAACAAUGAAUGUGGUAUCAAUAGCCGAAUCAAGAGCACUAUAAAUGUUUUGAUUUUCAAUGGAGAGAAAAGGUCGCCAGACCAGUGGCCGUGGCUGGUGGCACUCUUCAUUGCAGAGAAUAAGAAAUACGAAGAUAUGAAGUUUCACUGUGCUGGUACCAUUCUGUCAAACAGACAUAUUUUAACAGCGGGUCACUGUUUGACCUCCAAAAGUACCGAAACUAUACCUUCUAACGUAUUGAUAGUGGCAUUGGGGCGAUUUAAACUGCAUCAGUGGAGGGAAGUAGGAACUGUGAAUCGGGAAGUUGCAAACUAUAAGGUCCAUCCUGACUACGUACACACAGGUAUUACCGGCGAUUCCGAUCUGGCGAUUUUGAUUCUCAGGACGGCCGUCGAGUACAGUCCUUUCAUCAGACCUGUUCGUCUGUGGUCCAGCAAUUCGACCAAUCUUCAAAAUAUUAUCGGUAAAAUAGGAUAUAUUGUGGGAUGGGGCGAAGACGAAGCGAGUCAUCCUUACACCGAGGAACCUCGAAUGGCAAAGGAGGACUGUCUCAGGAGCCAUCAGCUUUUCGUAACUAUCACUUCAAACCGCACCUUUUGCGCCGGUUCGCCGAAUAUUCCUUGCAAUGGUGACAGCGGGAGUGGACUGGUGCUCUGUGAUGAAAUCACGGGUCGUUAUCAAUUACGCGGCAUUGUUUCACGGUCGGUGUCUAGUACUAAUACUAAAUCUUUGUGCGAUCCCACAAAGUACGUCGUAUAUGUCGAUGUGGCCAAAUAUCUACCCUGGAUUCAACAGCAGAUAUCCAACACGGAUAUAUGAUAGUCGGCAAAUAUUUUAUAUAAAGUUUAUC